AAGCCAAAGACCCCCUUGGAAUUUUUGGUUGAAAAAGCUGCCAUUUAGGCGCCGGACUCGUCAGCUUCUCUACUUUCCUGUCAAGGAAAAUAACAACUUUGGUGUCGUCGAUGAGUACUCUUGUGUUGAUGGAAAGCAUGGGCCAAUUGGUGAGAAGCAAGUCAAAGCAAGCGUUGCUGUUGUGGCUUGACGGCGUAAGAGAGGCUUGCUGUCUCCACCGUGUCAUCAUCUACUCUCUCAGGUCAAAACAGCUUGCCAUCCGUACCGGUCAGUGUUUUCUGUUGAAUGGAUUCAUCUUCUUAGGAAGUGUCUUUGUUCUGAAAUCAGUUAUCAUCCCUGCAUUGGAAUGGAUAUUACCUGGUCAUUGCCCACAAAUCAAUUUGCAGGAGUCAUGUUCAUUUAGCAAUAUUUUGGAGUUCUAUCGAUUCUUACAUGCUGGACUCGUACAACUUUUUUAUGUUUUCUGGUUCUACCCAUUGUACAUAUUCAGCCUUAUUCUCAGCAAUAUCUGGUACAAUGACAUUGCUAAACAUGGUUUUUUUGCUUUGGAGAAUUAUGGGGCUCAUGAUAAAAAGUUAUCUGAUCAAAAGGAGUUCCAAACUUCGCAAAACACAGUUCAUAGGGAAAAAUCAACUGAUCUUGAAGGGGUUAUGAUCAGUAUAGCAGAGCAACUUUAUUCGGUCCUCUUACUGACUUUUUUCUUCGUGGAGGUUUAUGUUACUGGAUUUAUCCCUUACAUCGGGAAAGCUCUAAAUUUUAUGCUUCUGUCAUGGUUGUAUGCAUACUAUUGUUUUGAGUAUAAGUGGAAUCUGUCUGGACUAAGCUUAGACAAGAGGCUGGACUUCUUUGAAUCAAACUGGGCCUUUUUUGCUGGUUUUGGAAAUCCCUGUGUCCUGGCAAUAUUUUUAUUCUCUCCGCUAGUGAGCUGUGGGGUUAUGGCUAUAUUGUUUCCACUGUUUGUUUUGACUGCAACAGGCUCGGAAGCUGACAAAAUUGUUGGCUUACCUAGAAGAAAAUGGAAAGGUGCUGGAUUGGGAAGGGUACCAAUAUUUUUCAUUGCUGAUUACAUGUCGAUGCGAGUCUUGAAACUCUUUUCUCUGAAAUCACGCCAGCAAAUGAAAGAGAACAAGGCACUCUGAAAUAGAACUAACAUGUUUGACCUACUACCAACGCUCCAUAACCAUGCAUAACCUGUAUUUUAUUUUGUGAAAUUUGCAUUCGUGUGGGUCAAACAAUGUUCCUCACUAAUCCAUGAUCACAAUAUGAGCAUGUGCUUGUAAUUUAUCAUUCAUUAUGGAAGAGAGGAAGAAGUAGAUCCAAAUGUGCUGCUAUCACAAAUGGAAGAUAGCAACUUGGGUGUUCUUUUCUGCAUAUUAUGUACAUAGUAAUUGGUUUGGAAAUUCAUUCAUCUGAACAAAUCUGUAUAGAUGAUCAAAAGUUAUUAAUAGGUUCACUUAGGUGA